AUGGAUGACAAAAGUUACGACACACGAGUCCCAGGGCCGACUGCCCACUGGACGGACGAUGCGUUCAGUGAGCGUGCCCAGUGGAUCGGCUCGCCCACGUCGGCGUUACGUCUCAGAGACGUACAGUCCAGAGACCGCGCGACGUAUAGGUGCCGCGUCGACUUCCAAGUGUCGCCGACGAGGAACUACAGGAUUGCGCUCGACGUUAUUGAGCUGCCGAGCAAACCGGUGAUCUUCGAUGAAUACGGCAAGGAGAUCACAGGAAUCGCUGGUCCCUACAACGAGGGAGGAGAUUUCAAGCUUAUUUGCUCCGUAAAUGGAGGAAGUCCAGUCCCAAGAGUCCAGUGGCUGCAAGGGGAUUUAGUGCUAGCAACGCUAGGUGCCAGCGACCUCCAACCCUCGGGGCCUACGAGGACAUUGACCCUCGUGGUCAGGAACGCGACGCGUGCGCACCAGUCUUCGGUAUACACGUGCGCAGCUGACAAUACGCUGCUUACGUCAGCGCUGAAGACUACUGUUAGAGUAGACUUGUAUUUGAGGCCGCUAACGGUAGAGAUCCUGUCAAGAGAGCAGCCUCUAUCAGUUGGUCGGAAGACAGAGCUGUGGUGCAGAUCCACCGGCGCCAGACCACCGGCGACCAUCACGUGGUGGCUGGGAGGGAAGCAGCUCAAGUCUGUCAAUAAACAUCGAGAGUUAGAAGACGGCAAUGAGACCCAGUCCUUACUUCUAUGGACCCCUCUGAAGGAGCACAACGAAUUGAUCCUAACCUGCAGAGCGGAGCACACGAAGUUCAACAGAUCGAUGAUCGAGACUAAAUUGCCACUCAACAUUUACUAUGUACCUGUUGCAACAAUAAAAUUGGGGGCCAAAAUGAACCCUAAUGACAUCGAAGAAGGGGACGACGUAUAUUUCGAGUGCAGCGUUGAUGCCAAUCCGCCCGCUUACAAAGUAAUUUGGGAGCAUAAUGGCAUUCUGCUCCAACACAACCCGUCAGGAGGCAUCAUACUGACGGGCAACUCUAACUUGGCACUACGCAAUGUGUCCCGGCAUCAAGCGGGGAAGUACACGUGUACUGCUUCCAACGUGGAGGGAGAUGGGAAGUCACCCCCGCUGCAUAUGCAAGUCGUCUACAAGCCGCUGUGCAGGAAGAAAGAGAUAAAAAUGAUCGGCGCGGCAGUUCAAGAACCAUCGAGUGUCAUCUGUGAAGUCGACGCGUUCCCUCCACCUGAUACCUUCGAAUGGACACUCAACAAUUCCGCGGGCUCAACCAAAGUGGAUCCUGACCGCUUCACCGUUGAAGCGAACGAGGGUAGAUCAGUAUUGACAUACACCCCGGUAGCAGACGUGGACUACGGCACGCUAUCCUGCCGCGCCACCAACUUGGCUGGUCAGCAGACCUCGCCUUGUAUCUAUACGCUGCUGCCCGCGACCAGGCCAGAUCCGCCGACCAAUUGUACAGUGUACAAUUUGACUGACGACUCGUUGGACCUCAUGUGCUUGGCAGGCUACGAGGGAGGCCUCAACUGCGUGUACAUAGCAGAAGUAUGGGGAAACGAGGGGCUAGUCGUCAACGCCACCAAUGGGGCAGCACUAUGGAACCUCCGAAGAUUGGGAGCUAAGAGGCAGCUGAAGCUAGUGGUGUACGCAGCCAAUAAUAGAGGGAGGUCGGAACACGUGACGUUUAUUGUUGAAACUGCGCCACGACUUUCGCCGAGGACAGAAGCACAAGAAGUGUGGGAGGUGAACUGGCUGUUCGGCGUGGUAAUAGGCGUGGCGUUCAUAGUAGCACUUAUCUUGUGUCUCGCUCUCAUCGCGACGAGGAUACACCACCGAGCGAGAGAUUAUCAAGUGACGAUACCAUCCUCUAAAAACCAGAAGACCGCACCGAAAAGAAGUUCUACCCACGGCCCCGAUGACAGGAAUCCAGACCUGAUACCUCUCAGUAAAGGCGUGUCGGAGUGCGCGCCUGAGCCGCCUUCGUACGCGGCGGUGGCGGCGACGCCGGAACCGAAGAUUUCGGCGAGUGCGCACAGUUUGCCCCGCACUCAGUCGCCGUGUUCGCCCGUCUCUCCUCACGCGCAGUACACAGAUUCACAGAGUGACUCCGGUCGUAGCAUACUGAACGGUGUUGCGAGAUCUCACAGAGAAGUGGUUACAACAAGAACGCCUCUACUCGCGGCGCAUCAAGAAAGCUGCGUGUAACGUUGCCCUUAUCAUAGUCAGGUUAGUUAAGUCUUAAAUUAAGAACAAUUGGGUCGAUUGCUGAAUUUGAGCUUUAUUUUCAGAAGAUAAAAGGUUGUAUAUGAUUAAUUUUGUUUCAUUAUUAAUAAUCCUAACGUCUUUUGUUACUUCAAUUGUUUAGCGAGAAAACAAUAUUAUAUCAUUCGAGAGCAUAUCAAUUUAAGAUGAGUGUAAGUAGUAGUCAUAUCAUCCAACGUUUUCGUGGAAAAUAAUAAAAAAUGAGACAUUUUCGCAAAUGUUUUGAAGUCUUGUUUGAAGUAACAAUGAAAUGAGAGGUGAAAAUUUAAUGACUGCCACGACGUGCCAUUUUACUUUUGAUACUCAUAUUGUUUGUAUGUCAAACCAAUGUAACUCGACAUUGCAAGGAUCCCAGUUAAAUAUUUACUUUGUCAAGAACCAGUAAUGGAUGUUGGCUGAACACGUGAGUUGUAUGUCAAGUAAAUUGAAUGUUUUUCCAUCCAUUAGAAAUGAUAAUAUUAUUUAAUUUAUUUUGUUUAGGCUUAGACUAUUGCAUGCUAGAACUUUUGUUUCAGUAAUUAAUUUUAUACCCAAACGUAGACAAUUUUACUGAUGUUGUACUAUUUUAUGUUCUUAUUUAUUUAACUUAUUGGUUACUAUGGUUAAAUAAUAACAAAAUGGAAGUUACUAUAAAUUACUCGAAUACAUACAUUAGACAUUCCUCAUAGAAGUUUUAGGUGAAAUUUUGAGACAAUGACUGAUAAAAUGAGAUUGUAAAUAUAAAAAAACUUAGCGAAUACUAAAUAAAUUUCGAAAUUUCGAUUAAGGAUAGGUAGGUCUCUUGAAGAGAGAUAGGGAAAUGAAUAUAAACGGGCUAUAAGCUAAAAUAAUUUUAAUUUAUAAAGUUUAGUAUGUAAAACUGUAUAAACUGUUUUCAAUUGUUACAAUCUUUGAUUUUUAAUUCAUCGCACAAUUUUGAAAAAUUGAUGAUGUGUACUUUUAAUGUAAUAAUGUACAAAGGUAAUUAACUACUAAUGUAAAGUUGAAUUAAUGGUUAAUAAUAAUGUUUUAAUUCAGUUAUCGAGACUAUCAUAGUUAUUUAUUUCAAAUAAUAAUUAUGUUUUUGUAUAAUACCAAAGAUUAUGUGAAAUAAUGUAGACAUUAACUUACCUCUAACACGAUCGUCUCUCCAAUUAUAUUUUUACAAACUAAUAUUGAGUAAGUGAAUCAUUUCUAGCAAAUGAAAAUUCAUUUACUUUAAUUUUGGGAUGAAAAUUUCAAUGAGACAUGAUUGUUUCGUCUAAUACCAUUGUUAUAAAAUUACGAAAGUUUUACAAUUUCAAUUAAUAGUGCAAUAACAAAUAAUUAUUAAAUCAAUAUUUUAUAAUUUAUUUUGCUUUCAAAGAUUUAAUUAUGUAUUAUUAGAAAAUUAUUAUGUAUUAUAUACAAAGUUUUGUUGAAAAGUCAAGAUAACAAUAUGUUUGACUAUAAUGUAAAUAAUGAGGGAAUUUUGUCUAAUAUUUUGUUUUUUAAUCAUGAUUCUCACAAAUGUUAAAGACGUAAAAUGCUCAUGUAUGCGUUAGAUGAUUUAUUAAUUAUGCAUGAAGGAAAAAUGG